GAUUGUAGGUAUUUUUUUAAUGUCCACAAUAACCGGUUCACCUCGGCGAUAAUGGAAAGUCACAAUGAGUUAUCAAUUCGGAAACUGUUUUCUACAUCACCGGUGACCGCAAUUUUUUAAAACAGACCGGUAAGAGUGAAAACAAGCAGGAUGACGCAUACGUCAAUGAUCGAGAGGACUUGAUUAUUGUCGUUAUAUCUUGACAUCAAAGAUUGAAAUGAAAUAAAUUAAUAUUCAAUCCUGCACCAAAAUAAGCUGCUUUUAUUACCAUAAUUCUUAGAGUGUUCUAUUGUGGUUUUACCCAGAUACAGUUACAAUCACGCAUAUGUUUUCACCCCGUCGCGACGCGGUGAGAAUUUCAAUUCUCAAGAAUUCUCCAUAUAAAUACAACCGGCAUCUCUGAACCCGCAUAUCAGUCUUCUCUGGCACUCCGAGUGGUCAGAGGCUCACAGCAUCCCCUGGAUUCUGGAAAGAUAUAAAUUAGCGAAAUCUUUCCACCCCGUAACGAGCCGUGAUGUUUCGAAAACUAGUCGUCAUUAUGCUCCUCGUUUCCUCAACUUUGGGCUGUCUGAUAAUCAACUGUCCGCGCGGCGGGAAAAGAGACGGAGGAUUCAGUCCGUUUAAAUACCCGGUUAGAGAGUGUUCCGCCUGCGGACCCGAUAAGCAAGGACAAUGCUUCGGGCCGAAGAUUUGUUGCGGUCCUUCGAUUGGAUGUUUCUUCGGUACCGCCGAGACCCAUCAAUGUCGGAAAGAAAGCCUUUAUUCGAGACCAUGCACAGCUGGGUUUUCAAUGUGCAGAGGAAAUACGGGGCGAUGCGCAGCUAAUGGAAUUUGCUGCUCACAAGAGUCAUGUUACGUAGAUCCAAAUUGUAAAAUCGGAAGUGAAAUAAUCGAAAUAAGUAAACAGGCUACAAGUUUCGAUAUGGAUAAGAUGUUCUCUGAGAGCAAUUCUCUUAACGAUGAAUAAUGCGACUACAAUUAAUAUUGCAACCAUGAAAUCUUUCUAUCUGCUUCCUUAGGCUUAAGUUAAUCCAGUAGAAAGAUUAUUGAUAAAACGAGUGUGUCUUGUUUUUC